AUCCACUCUUCGCCCUUCCCACUGACACUGCCGCCCUGUUCGAUUGUUGAAAUAUACUCGAGCUCCCGCUCGCUUUCUCUCCAUCGCUUUCUCUCCUCGGAUUGGAACACAUUCGAGCAGUCUGCGCUGCCCAGGAAGCGUCUGCUACCGGCAAUCAUGUCGAACAAGCCCAUCUUUGCGGCUACCCACCCCAGGGCAUGCUCUACUGCGUUCGAGCGGGUUUUCAUGACCCGCCGGGACACGCUCCAGAGCGUCCACGAACCUUUUGGUGAUGCCUUCUACUAUGGCCCCGAGAGGCUCAGCGAACGCUACGCCAACGACGAGAAGGCGAGGAUUAAGAGCGGCUUCUCCGACAGCACAUACAAGACCAUCUUGGACCGCAUUGACCGCGAGAACACCGAGGGCAAGCGCAUUUUCAUCAAGGACAUGGCGUACUACCUCCUUUCUCCCGAUCAGAAGCCGACCUCUCUUGCGCCGUCUCUUUUGAACUACAAGCGCGGUGUUGGCACUGACGGUGUGGCGGGUGCUACGACCAACGGCGCCAACGGCGCCAACGGCGUCAAUGGCACUAACGGGGUCAGCGACACCAACGGUGCCAAUGGUCAUGCUGACACGGUCAAGACCAUCCCCGUCGAGUCCCCGCCUUACCCCUACCCCACGGAGAGGGAGGAAGGCAACCCGACGUUGGUGCCGUUGGAGCUGCUCAAGAAGUUCCACUGGACGUUCCUGAUCCGGCACCCGCGCAACAGCAUCCCGUCGUACUACCGCUGCACAAUUCCCCCGCUCGACGAGGUCACCGGCUUCUACAAUUACAUGCCGUCGGAGGCGGGUUACGAGGAGCUGCGGCGCUUCUUCGACUACCUCAAGUCCAUCGGCAUGAUUGGCCCUAAGAUCUCGGGACAGGAUGGCCUCGCGGACAACGAGGGCGUGACGCCGCCGCCGGGCGCCGAGCAGGUCGAGAUUUGCGUCAUUGACGCCGACGACCUCCUCGACGAUCCGGUGGGCAUCAUCAGCACGUACUGCAAGAGCGUGGGCAUUGAGUACGGCGACGAUAUGCUGAACUGGGAUAAUGAAGAGGACCACGACUUCGCCAGGGAGGCGUUUGAGAAGUGGAAGGGCUUCCACGAGGACGCGAUCGACUCAAAGGAUCUGAAGCCUCGCGCGCAAAUUCCCAAGCCCGAUGCCGAGCUCUACGCCGAGUGGGUGGAGAAGUUCGGCGAGGAGGGCGCCAGCGUCAUCCGCGCCACGGUUGCCCAGAACGUCGCCGACUACGAGUACCUCAAGCAGUUUGCGAUGAAGACGCCGAAGACGAUGGAGCAGGCCUAGCCGCUGCGCGGUGCCGGCGCGGUGGCAGCGUCGCUGCCGCUGCUGUUGCUGUGGACGCGGCAUUUAUCAUGAUUCACGAUACCUUUUCCCUUCCUUUUUUGGGUUCCUUGC